GUGGCUGCCGCCGGGUGGGCUAGGUUGGUUCUUGGGGCUGGGAGGUGCGGGAUUCUUCACACCGCCGCGGCCGCCCGGCUCUCGAUACUGAGGCGGGCUCUGGGGCCUGGUCGCAGCGCGUCUCGCCUGACGCUCGCGCGGAAGGCGCGGCUCCCUCUCCUCCGGGUGGCUCUUCCCCUGUAGCUGACCCCUCGCGGCGGCUUGAGGGUCACCGUUUUCACAGCCUCGGGCGGAGAGAGCUCGGCAGGCCCUUUGGUGGAAGGCGGUGUCUAGGCACUGAGGGCUUCGACUUCAGUCCCCGCGCAGCUGCCCUUGGGCUUCAUGGUUAACAAGGGGGAAUCCCACAUGGACACCAGUACCACCACGUCCGAGGCAGUGGCCGAAGAAGUGUCUCUCUUCAGCAUGACGGACAUGAUUCUGUUUUCACUCAUCGUGGGUCUCCUGACCUACUGGUUCCUCUUUAGAAAGAAAAAAGAAGACGUCCCUGAGUUCACCAAAAUUCAGACAAUGACCUCCUCUGUCAAAGAGAGCAGCUUUGUGGAAAAGAUGAAGAAAACAGGUAAGAACAUCGUCGUGUUCUAUGGCUCCCAGACGGGGACUGCUGAGGAGUUUGCCAACCGCUUGUCCAAAGACGCCCAUCGCUACGGGAUGCGGGGCAUGGCAGCAGACCCUGAGGAGUAUGACUUGGCCGACCUGAGCAGCCUCCCAGAAAUAGACAACUCCCUGGUAGUCUUCUGCAUGGCCACCUACGGCGAGGGGGACCCUACUGACAAUGCCCAGGACUUCUAUGACUGGCUCCAGGAGACAGAUGUGGAUCUCUCUGGAGUCAAGUAUGCGGUGUUUGGUCUUGGGAACAAGACCUACGAGCACUUCAAUGCGAUGGGCAAGUACGUGGACAAGCGGCUGGAGCAGCUCGGCGCCCAGCGCAUCUUUGAGCUGGGAUUGGGUGACGAUGAUGGGAACUUGGAAGAGGAUUUCAUCACCUGGCGAGAGCAGUUCUGGCCGGCCGUGUGCGAGCAUUUUGGGGUGGAAGCCACUGGGGAAGAGUCUAGCAUUCGCCAGUACGAGCUUGUGGUCCACACAGAUGUAGACAUGGCCAAGGUGUAUGUGGGUGAGAUGGGCCGGCUGAAGAGCUAUGAGAACCAGAAACCCCCAUUUGAUGCCAAGAAUCCAUUCUUGGCUGCAGUUGCCACCAACCGGAAGCUGAACCAGGGAACUGAGCGACACUUCAUGCACAUGGAAUUAGACAUCUCGGAUUCCAAAAUAAGGUACGAAUCUGGAGACCAUGUGGCUGUUUACCCGGCCAAUGACUCUGGCCUUGUCAACCAGCUGGGUGAGAUCCUGGGUGCCGACCUAGAUGUCAUAAUGUCACUGAACAAUCUUGAUGAGGAGUCCAACAAGAAGCACCCGUUCCCCUGCCCCACCUCCUACCGCACAGCCCUCACCUACUACCUGGACAUAACCAACCCUCCCCGCACCAACGUGCUGUACGAGCUGGCCCAGUAUGCCUCUGCACCCUCCGAGCAGGAGCAGCUACGCAAGAUGGCCUCUUCCUCGGGCGAGGGCAAGGAGCUAUACCUGAGCUGGGUGGUGGAGGCCCGGAGGCACAUCCUGGCCAUCCUGCAGGACUACCCAUCUCUGCGGCCCCCCAUCGACCACUUGUGUGAGCUGCUCCCGCGGCUCCAGGCCCGCUACUAUUCCAUCGCCUCCUCCUCCAAGGUCCACCCCAACUCUGUGCACAUUUGUGCUGUGGCCGUGGAGUAUGAAACCAAGUCUGGCCGAAUCAACAAGGGCGUGGCCACCAGCUGGCUGCGGGCCAAGGAGCCUGCUGGAGAAAAUGGCCACCGGGCCCUUGUGCCCAUGUUUGUGCGCAAGUCCCAGUUCCGCCUGCCCUUUAAGGCCAAUACCCCAGUCAUCAUGGUGGGCCCCGGCACAGGGGUGGCACCCUUCAUCGGCUUCAUUCAAGAGCGGGCCUGGCUGCGGCAGCAGGGCAAGGAAGUUGGGGAGACGCUGCUCUACUAUGGCUGUCGCCGCUCAGAAGAGGACUACCUAUAUCGCGAGGAACUGGCCCAGUUCCACAAGGACAACACCCUCACCCACCUCAACGUGGCCUUCUCCCGGGAGCAGUCCCACAAGGUCUACGUCCAGCACCUGCUGAAGAGAGACAAGGAACACCUGUGGAAGCUCAUCCACGAGGGGGGAGCCCACAUCUAUGUCUGUGGGGAUGCUCGGAAUAUGGCCAGGGAUGUGCAGAACACCUUUUAUGACAUUGUGGCCGAGUUUGGGGUCAUGGAGCAUGCACAAGCUGUGGACUACAUCAAGAAGCUGAUGACUAAGGGCCGCUACUCCCUGGACGUGUGGAGCUAGGACUGCCUGGCCCGCCUGGCUCCCACUGCCCCACAGACUUGCUGCCCAUGUAAUCACUUCCCCCUCCCUGCUGGGCUCCUGGGGGGUUCUGCUCAGCCUUGCCAUGGAAGCAGGCCCAGUGACAAAGCUCCCAGCCUGGAGUGCACCUUCCUUAGCCCCGCAGGCUGCCCAGCCCUGGGGCACACAGUAGGAGUGACUGGGCCCCACACUUUGGGAUGCCUCAGGCCCUCAGUGGCUGUGCAGAGGGCUUUCUUAGCGGAGGUGGGCCUGACCCCUCCAAUGUGAUUUUCAAUGAGUGUAAAUAAUUUUAAAUAACCUCUGGUCCUUGGAAUAAAGUUCUGUUUUCUGUA